GGGGAGGGGGCGGCGGGUUUUCAUGUGCCCAGCAUGAGCUCCUACUUCGUCAACCCCCUGUUCUCCAAAUACAAAGGCGGCGAGUCCCUGGAACCGGCCUAUUACGACUGCCGGUUCCCCCAGAGCGUGGGCCGGAGCCAUGCGCUGGUGUACGGGCCCGGCGGCUCGGCGCCCGGCUUCCAGCACGCCUCGCACCACGUCCAAGACUUCUUCCACCACGGCACCUCGGGCAUCUCCAACUCGGGCUACCAGCAGAACCCGUGCUCGCUGAGCUGCCACGGAGACGCCUCCAAAUUCUAUGGCUACGAGGCGCUCCCCAGACAGUCCCUUUAUGGGGCUCAGCAAGAGGCGAGCGUGGUGCAAUAUCCCGACUGUAAAUCCUCCGCCAACACUAACAGUAGCGAAGGACAAGGCCACUUAAAUCAAAACUCGUCUCCCAGCCUCAUGUUUCCAUGGAUGAGACCCCACGCUCCGGGGCGGCGCAGCGGAAGGCAAACUUACAGCCGGUAUCAGACCUUGGAACUAGAAAAGGAGUUUCUCUUUAAUCCUUAUUUGACACGGAAGCGCCGGAUUGAAGUCUCUCACGCCCUGGGACUGACUGAGAGACAAGUGAAGAUCUGGUUUCAGAACCGAAGGAUGAAGUGGAAAAAGGAGAACAACAAGGAUAAACUGCCCGGAGCCCGAGAUGAAGAGAAGGUGGAGGAAGAAGGAAACGAGGAAGAGGAGAAAGAAGAGGAGGAAAAGGAAGAAAACAAGGACUAAGCAAAAAAGAAAGCCCCCCCUCCCUUAGCAACUCCCUUGAAGUUUCGUUUUAUGGUAGCGGAUAAAUUGAGAAGUUUACGACUGUCAUUUGCUUUUAUAGAGAAUAGAAUGACACUCACAACUCUAACUACCUGUCAGAUACUUGCAGCUCUGGUUUUAUUACCUUUGGACUUCCCCCGAUCUUUAUUUGUUUGGGGGCUGGAGUGGGGGAGACCGAGACACAGCGAAAAGUUCGGACUCUGUCUCAGUCCUUGCCCCAACACACACACUUGUCCCUUCCCCCACCCUUUGGAGUCCUGCCUGGAUUUUAAGGUCUGAGACCUGGCCUCUUCGCCCCUCUCUCACCCCUUCUUGCCACACUCUCACCCCCCUGCUUCUCUGGUAUUUAUUUUAGAGGGGAGCCCUCUCAAAAUGCAAAAGACUUCUGGCUUUGCUUUUAUGCUAGGAUUAGUGUAUUAGAUUUAUUUCCUUUCAAAAGAAAGGAAAGAAAAGUGAAGGAAGGAAGGAAGGAAGGGAAGGAAGAUGUUUAAAGAAAUUUUUUAAAUGAUAGCAAGGACUAUCCCUUCUCCCUCUCUGGGGCUCCCCUACUUAGAAAGACUCCCUUGACUUUCUAUAGAAACCUGAUGGAAACCUGAAGGAGAUGCGGGUCUCUCCCCUCCCCCCCCCCUCAUGGGGUAGAUAGGAGCCUGCAAUCCUGGCUAAAAUCCUACCUAGCCAUCCCAUGGUCACUCGGGCCCAUGCCUUCCUCCCCUUCGCUGUCUGAUUUCUGUUGUUGGGCCCAGCUUCCUCUGAGCUACACUAGUAUUAGUGCUCAGAUAUCACCAUAAUCAUGAAAAUAAUAAGAAUGGUAAUAAUAAUAAUAAUAAUACUGAUAAUAAAUCUUUAACAUACUACCUAAAGGGAACCUGCAAUAAUCUUGAAAAAAUAAAAAAAGAAAUUAAAAAAAAUCCUAAUAUGCAAGAAAAAAAGAGAAAAAGGUGAAAAUUAAAAAAAAAGAAAGAAACCUCCAACGUAUUUUAUCACUACCUAUAGAAAGAAAUCCUGCUUUGAGAGUAUUCGUAAUGCGGUUUUGUUGUCGUUUGUUGCUGCUUAUUUCACUAAGAAAAACCCAACAACUGAGACUGCCUAGCCCGCCGGUCCUGUGCGCUUUUAUUGUGCUUCUAACCCCAGUAGAGUAGAACUAAAUUGCACUGAAUGUAUAGUUAACUCUGUCUUGAAUUCUCUGUUUAUGCAAUGUGCUCGAAAGAAAAAAAAACGUUAAAAUAUAUCUAUAAUAAUAAUUUUGGGUCAUUCGUCUUUAUGUCCAGCUAUGAAUGUAGAUUUUGUGUCCCGGCAGCCCUGUUCCUGGUCCAAGUACUUUGUAUUGUAUACGUGAGUCAUAAUAAAAAAAAAAGGAGAAAAAAUAUUUGAAGCUGGAAUGACUUGCUUUUUCUCCAACGCCCCCCUCCCCCCCCUCCAUUCUCUACUCCUCCUUCCCUCCUUAUCCUUCUUUCCCAGCCCCGUGGAAAAGGUCUCCGUCACUGAUCUGAGUUUGAGGUGGGGGAACUCACUAGGAAUUGAGAGGGCAGUCUGGGCAGGGAAGGCAGGUGAAAGGUGGGGGAGGUGCAGAGGUGGGGCAAGAAGAGCACUGUGCUCCAAGCAUGCUCUCGGGAGAACCUUGGCUCCAAACUAAAUGGGUUUCUAAAUACCAGGAUCCCAAUGGGAAGGAAGAGUCUCCCCACUUAUUCACCUUCCUCCUCCUCAGCCUCGGGCUGGGCCCAGACA